GAUUCCUGUAUCGAGAUGGGUUCUAUUACAGAUACAUCCUUUAGUCUGACAGUCUACCGCGGCACAUUUAUUCAAUUACCUCGUUUGUCUGAUACUGGCUCUGACAAGGCCAAGCCGGAGCUGAUUCGCAGUCAGGGUGCUCUAUGGGUAUCUGCGGCGGAUGGCCGUAUCAAGGGUUGGGACUGGCAGGCCCAUGAUGACACGGCCUUUGCCAAUUUGAUGACCCAAAAUGGAUGGGUGGAUGUUGAUUCCGAUCUCAACGGCCAAGAAUCAAAGGUGAAAGUCAAGCUUGUUACGGCCAGCGAGGAGAAGAACGAGUUCUUCUUCCCUGGAUUUAUUGACACACAUAUCCACGCCCCCCAAUACCCAAACGCAGGCCUCUUCGGUUCCUCAACUCUCCUAGACUGGCUAGAGACCUACACAUUCCCCAUGGAAUCCGGAUUUGGCACACAGCCCGACGGAAAGACAGGCCACCAGCUCUCAACCAAAGCAUCUGAAACCCCCAUCCCAGCCCAAACAAUCUACAACCAAGUAAUAGCGCGCACGCUCGCGCACGGCACAACCUGCGCCUCCUACUUCGCAACAAUCCACAUCCCAGCAACGAACGCUCUCGCCAGCCUAUGCAAGAAACACGGCCAAAGAGCCUUCAUAGGCCGAGUCUGCAUGGACAACCCAGACUUUUGUCCCACAUACUACCGCGACGCCUCAGCCGAAGACUCUCUCUCCGCCACAAAAGCCACAAUAGCACACAUAACCUCCAUAGACCCAACCGGCUCGCUCAUCAACCCCAUUAUCACACCGCGCUUCGCGCCCUCCUGCACAAGACCCUCCCUCGAAGCCCUGGGCCAACUGGCCGCAUCACACACCCCACCUCUGCACAUCCAGACGCACAUCGCCGAAAACACAAACGAAGUCGCCCUGGUCAACGACCUGUUCCCCGAAGCGGGGAGUUACACGGCUGUCUAUGAUAAGUACGAUUUGCUGACGCCGCGGACGAUUCUCGCUCAUGCGGUGCAUUUGUCGGCUGCGGAGAAGGCGCUCAUUGCGAAGCGCGAUGCGAAGAUUUCGCACUGUCCGGCUUCGAACUCGGCGCUUGGGUCGGGCAUUGCGCCUGUGCGGUCGUUCCUGGACCUGGGGAUUACGGUUGGGCUGGGCACGGAUGUGAGUGGCGGGUAUAGUCCUAGUAUUCUGGAAGCGGCGCGACAGGCGUGUCUUGCUUCUAGGUUGUUGGGACAUACGGAGUCUUUUGGGAAGGAUGGGGAUGAGGCUGCUCGGGUGAAACUUUCUGUUCCGGAGAGUUUGUAUCUCGCUACGCGGGGUGGUGCUGCGGUUGUUGAUAUGGCGGGGGAUAUUGGGGGCUUUGAUUUGGGCAUGUUGUGGGAUGUGCAGUUGAUUCAGCUGGGGGGUGUGCAGGGGUUUGAGCGGAGUCCUUUGGAUGGGGAGUGUGGGGAUGGAUUGGUUGAUCUUGUGGGAUCUGGGCCUGUGGGUAAUGUUAACUUGUUUGGUACGGAGACCUGGGAGGAGAAGGUUCAGAAGUGGGUUUGGGGUGGUGAUGAUCGCAAUGUGAAGGCUGUUUGGGUUGCUGGACGGUUGGUUCACACCAGGGGGUGA